GUCCCGGAGGCUCCAGCCGGCGGAGCGGUUCGGUGCAGCGACUCUCUGCGGGGGAAGGAGCUUCUCAGACGGGAUGGAGGUGGUCGGUACCCGGCGGCAGCCCCGCUGAUCCCCUGCCGGCCGGUGUUCGUGUCCUCCGGUGAAGAUGUCAGUCUCCGGGAUGAAGAAGCAGCUCCACAAAGCCAGCCAGCUGCUGAACGAGAGGCUGAUGGGAGCUGAAGGAACAAAGAUGGACAAAGACUUCCUGAAGAUGGAGAAGAGUGUCGCCGUCCUCCACUCUCUGCUGGACGAGCUGCUGUCCAAAACAACCGAGUUCCUCCAACCAAACCCAGCCUACAGAGCGAAACUGAGCAUGCUCAGCACGAUGUCCAGGAUUCGAGGACAGGGAAAGUGGACGGGUUACCCGCAGACAGAGGGCAUGCUGGGAGACUGUAUGUUGCGCUACGGCCAGGAGCUGGGAGCUGCUUCUGAAUUCGCCGGCGCUCUGACUGAUGUGGGUGACGCUCUGCAGCAGGUUGCUCAGGCCAGGGACGUUCUGGAUGUCAACGUCAAACGCACCUUCAUCGACCCUCUGCAGGACCUCCACGACACGGAGCUGAAGGAGAUCAGGUACCAGCUGAAGAAGCUGAAUGGCCGUCGGCUGGACUUCGACUACAAGAGGAGACGGAGAGGGAAAGUCCCAGCGGAGGAGGUCCGACAGGCCUGGAACAAGUUCAUCACCUCCAAAGAGCAGGCGGAGAGGAGUAUGUUCGUCCUGCUGCAGAGCGACGUCGAUCAGCUCGGUCAUCUGGCCGCUCUGAUCGCUGCGCUGCUGGACUUUCACCGCAACGCCCACCGCGUCCUGCUGGGUCUGCAUGGCAACCUGCAGGCAAAGCUGAUGGCUGCCAGUAACAAACCAGAGCGACAGUUCAGGCCCAAAAAGAUCAGAGUCAGACGUGAACGCAAUGGCAGCAUCGGAUGUUACCACCAACCGUCUAUCACGCAGACAGUUCCCUUAGGUGAGCAGUUCACAGUGUUACCGUCCAGACCCGGCAGCCCCAUCUCCUGUUACGCUGACAGUAAGCUGGUCCUGGAUCAGCCCUGUUGCCGGGCGAUGUACUCUUUCCACCCGAACCAUGAGGGCGAGCUGGACUUCAACGAGGGCGACGUCAUCGUCCUCACCAAUCAGGUUGACGCCAACUGGUACGAGGGCACGCUCGCCGGCCAAUCGGGACUGUUCCCCGUCAGCUACGUGGACGUGCUGGUGCCUCUGCCGUUACCAUGACAGCAUAUCCAACAUCCACGGAUCUGAUGUUCGCUCAGCAGCAGGAGCGUGCAGUUGAUAAUAUGCAACUUUUCAGCUUCUUAUUUGCACUUUUUAACGAACGAAUCAGCAGGCGACAGGAAAAGAAGGCCAUAGUUUCUACUGUAGAGCACUUUAGUUUCUGAGCUCUUGUUAUUCUAUAAUACGGAAGCCCUAGGAGGCCAUACAUAUAAUGAUAACAUGUUAAUUUAAUUUGUUGAGUUAUUUAUGUCAUUUUCUCAGAAUAUAAAAUGUUGUUUUCACAAGA